AUAUGAGCAUGAACUGAACUUAUCACUAGUGAUGUUCGAAUAGUUAAAAUAGAAUGCACCUAGUUAUCGCGUUGGCCACUUUGAUCUUUUGAUUCCACCAUGCUCAAGAGAUAUGGACAACUUUCGAUAAUUUUAAUAACUCUUAUAACGUCGUCGGUUUAUGCACAGAAAUCAAAAUUCGAAAAUUUAAGAAAUUACAGCGCAUUCCUGAACCAUGGCGACAAAAAAUCGUCUUAUUUCAAGACUUCAGUUCUGGAAAAUGAAGUGGUGUUGACGAAGGUGGACAUCCUCGGUGAAAUUUUCAAGAAAAACGUGGAAUCUCUGAAGAAAACCAACGAACUCGAUAUAAUUUUCUUGAUAGAUGGUUCAUCCAGCGUGGGAAAGGACAAUUUCAGGAGUGAGUUGAAGUUUGUGAAGAAGUUAUUGAGUGACGUUACGGUGGAUUUGAAUCAUACGAGGGUUGGCGUGAUCUCCUUCAGUUCUCCUGAAUAUGUGUUGAAGAACGUCGAUGAAAUUAGUAUUCCUCGUGGCGAAAACAAUAAAUGUCUGCUACUGAACAAACAAUUAACUGCAGUUAAUUUCAUAGGAGGAGAAACUUUUACCUUGGGAGCUUUUCAGAGAUCAAAGGAAAUAUUUGAUAAUAGCAGAAAUUCUUCGAAAAAAGUUAUUUUCCUAAUCACUGAUGGAUUUUCGAAUGGGGGCGAUCCCGUUCCUGUUGCCGAAGAGCUCAAGAAACAAGGAAUAACAAUUUUUACGAUUGGUAUACGGAAUGGAAAUUAUGAAGAAUUAUAUAAACUAUCUUCAGAACCUGGCGAAAUACAUAGUUAUCUUCUGGAUAGCUUCGAAGAAUUCGAAAGCUUAGCCAGGAGGGCUCUUCAUGUUGAUUUGAAAGUUGGGGAUUACAUACCGCUGGGUAUAAACAGCCCCUGCGAUAAUUUGUGCAAAGAGGGCGACUGCUGCCACAAGGAUGCUGUCUGCACUUGUGGAACCUCAACUGGUCACUACUCUUGUGUAUGUCCUUCAGGCUAUUAUGGAUCAGGGUUGAAGGAAGAAGGAUGUUCCUUAUGUCCUGUGGGCUUCUACUCAGAUGGACCAAAUCUUUGUACUCCUUGUCCAGAUAUGUUUCAUACAACUAUUCCUCCAGCGUAUGGGAAGAGCAGCUGUCAAUGCAAAACGGGAUACAAGCCAUCAAACGAAACCGACAGCUGUGAAGCCAUAAAAUGCAAAAAAUUAACGGAACCAAAACACGGUUACUUCGUUAAAAAAUCGUGUGACAUUGUCAUCAAUUCUGCUUGUGGUGUAAGAUGUGAGGUAGGUUACAAUCUGGCAGGAACAAGCAUAAGGUUGUGCCAAAACGAUGGUUCAUGGACAGGAAUAACUCCCUCUUGUCAAGUUAGAACUUGUGAGAAGUUGAGCGUCCCUCAGUUUGGAUCAAUGACCUGUGUUCACAGUGACUUGGGCAUAACAUACAACGACAACCAAACGAUAUUUCCUGUUGACACAGUUUGUUCUUUCAAGUGUGAGAAGGGGAAGAUUUUCGUUGGUUCAAGACAUCGUACCUGCUUGCCACUUGCUAAAUGGAACGGAUUGAGAGCUAUGUGCAGGCAGGUUAAAUGCCAUAAAAUUCCUGCCAUUGCGAAUGCUAGGAUCGAGCCUCGAUCCUGCACGUACGGGAAACAAGCUAAUGGUAAGAAAUGUAGCAUCAUUUGCAACGAAGGGUAUGAGACAAUUGGUCCAAAAGAGCGCUCUUGUACAGGAGAUUUGGGUUCUUGGGACACUAAGGAGGAAACUUCAUGCAAAGAUGUAACUCCACCAGUGAUAAAUUGUCCAAAGAAUAUUACCACAACUUCUAAUUUUGGAUUGAAUUAUGGCUACGCUCUCUGGGAGGCUCCUAUCAUCACAGAUAACUCAAACGACGAACUUGUGAUUUGGACAAAACCACCAAUUGCUAACUUGUCUAGUUUUCAAUUUUUGAUAGGACAGACUAAUAUAACCUACUUCGCUGAAGACUUAUCGAAAAAUAGAGCAGAAUGUACUACAAUUGUCACGGUUAAAGAUGAAGAGAGACCCACAAUCGAAAACUGUAUCAACCCUCCCCCAUUCAUAAGCGAAAAUGGUAAAGGUGCAAAUGUAACAUGGGAUGAACCUUACAUUCACGACAACUCUCACCAUGCAAUCGUGACAAGAUCGCAUAAUUUCGGAUACUUCGAAUUGGGUACUACAACAAUAACCUACGCAACUGAAGAUGAUUUUGGAAAUAGGAAUAUAUGUCAAAUGAAUAUCACUGUUAGGGAGGCGAAGUGUGAUGAAUUCGAAGCACCUGAAAAUGGCAGAAGUGAGUGUUUGAAGAAGAAUAAUACAAUUAUUUGUAUCGCAUCGUGUAAUGAAGGAUUUUUGCUACCCCUAUCAUCGGAGAAGUUGGGCAACUCAACAAUAGACUCCAUCACUUUCAAAUGCAACAUAAACGAGAACGUUUGGUAUAACGAAGAAGGUUUACCUCUUCCAGAAUGCGCUGUUGACAUCCAUCCUAAAGAAAUUGUUCAAAAUGGAAGUACAGAAAUCGAGCCAGAUUUUGACUGUAAUAAGGAAUCAGAUGAAAAUAUCAAGAUAGAGCAUGACUUGAAAGCAAUUUUGACGAACGAAAUAUGUAAGGACAACUGUUCUAUCACAACAAAUUCACAGUGUUUGAAUGAAACAGUCUUUAGUGAGUCGGAAGAAGAAGAAACUAACAUAAUAAAAAGGGAAAUUCAAUCAAAGGGUCAUCAUAGAAAUCGCUCGAACAACAAGGAGAGAACUAGAAAAAAGAAAUUGAGGAUAAAUAUACAAAUAAAAAGUCAAUAUGACAACAAUAACACAGUGAUAUUUACUGACCUGAAUAUAAGGAAUAACACAAUUCAUUUCAAGAAGCCACAGUUCCUAUGUCCACUUGGUUACAUUCCUAGAAAAAAUAGAUGUGUGCAGUGUCCAAGGGGAACUUAUCAGCUUGAAAAUAAAUGUAGGAAUUGUGGAUUCGGAUUUUAUAAUGCCGACUUUGGUCGCACUUCUUGUCUGCAGUGCCCUUUGCAUUUGUCUACAAGAAAAAUGCGAUCGAAGAGCAUCACAGAAUGCAGAAAACAGUGCCCUCCAGGAACUCAUGCCAGGAAAAAAGCAAUAAGAAAUUCCCGUAAACUCUACAAAAAACUUAUCGAACGACCAACACUACAGCCUUUUUGUAAAUCUUGUCCCAUUGGAACUUACCAAGACGGCUAUGGCCAACUGCAAUGUGUACCUUGUCCUAAAGGAUACACUACACUAGGGUAUGGGUCAGUAGACGUAGGGCAGUGUAUAGAAACUGCCGAAGAAAUUUGUAUGAAGUCGAGGAACAUUUGCAACCAUGGAACUUGUGUUGCGAGAGAUAGGAUACAUUAUGAAUGCGACUGUUUCAAAGGAUACAUAGGUUCUCAUUGUGAGAAACGUAUAGAUGUCUGUCAAAAUAAUCCUUGUAAAAAUGGAGGAUCCUGCAGCGUUUCCUUCAAUAGUCUCAAUCAACCUCAAUAUAAAUGCUCAUGUCUCGAGAAUCAUUUCGGAUCGUUUUGUGAACAGGAAAUAAACACGUGCAAACUCAAAUGCCUGAAUGGUGGAAAAUGCAUCGAGUAUGAUGGAAAUGAAUACGUUUGCUUAUGUCCAGAAGGUUUUGAGGGCGAAACUUGCGAAAUAGGAACUUUAUACUGCCAAGAUGGCCUGUGCGAAAAUAACGGUACUUGCUUGGAAAAACCAACUACGUAUGAAUGUAGUUGUCCCAAAGGAUUUAUUGGUAAAAGGUGUAACAUUCUACCGUGUGAUUAUAAUCCCUGCCCGAAGAAUGCCAUAUGUGAAAAUGUGGAAGAAAUAAAUGCAAAUAAAAAUAGUUUCAGGUGUGUAUGCUUAGAUGGCUGGACUGGUAGGUCAUGUGAUAUAGAAAUCAACCCUUGCUCAUCAAAUCCAUGUCAAAAUAACGGAAAAUGCAUCAAGAUACCCUCUGGAUUUAAAUGUGAAUGCCCUAAACUCACCCAUGGAAACACUUGUGAAAAACAGUAUGACCAUAAUUACGUUUUAGUGUUUGAGAGAUAUAGAACAACCGACUUCAUAAGACUUCCAACAUUCAAGAAUGACUUGAAAGAGAUCACCGUUUGUAUGUGGGUAAAAGUGACAGAUACCUUCAACUAUGGCACCCUGAUUUCAUAUGCGACCAAAGAGAAUGAUAAUGCCUUCACUUUAACAGACUAUACGGGGUUAAUUAUGUACGUCAAUGGCCAGUAUAUAGCCACUGAUGUUUUUUUGAAUGAUGGGAUUUGGCAUCACGUUUGUGCAACCUGGGCCAGCUCAGAAGGAAUAUACCAGGUGUUCAUCGACGGAAAAUUGAGGCAAUUUGGUAGUGGAUUAUCCAAAAACAAAGAUAUAAAAGCUUAUGGUUCAAUGAUAAUUGGACAAGAGCAGGAUGCUCUUGGAGGAAAAUUUAGUCAGUCAGAAACGUUUGUCGGAAGAAUGACCCUUAUCGAUAUUUGGUCGAAAGUAUUGAAGAAGAACGAUAUUUUGAAACAUUUUCAUGACUGUAAAAUUUCCAUGUAUGGUGACCUUUAUAGUUGGCCAGAAUUCCAGUUUCACAUACAGGGAAGGCUCAAGAAAGAACCAUCUUCAUUCUGCAACGAGUGUCCGAAACCUAAGAAAGUAAUCAAUGGUCUUGUAGAAGUGAAAGAAAGAGUGGCUUAUUACGAUUGUCAGGAAGGAUACAAGAUAGGAAACGACUAUAAAGGAGGAAGAAAGUGCCUCAAAUCUUCCAAAUGGGAAGGGCAACGAGAACCUUACUGCCGAAGGGUUUAUUGUGGCCCUCCAGGUUUUCUCAGAAAUGGUUACAUUCUCGGCACAAGUUAUUAUUUCGAAGAUCAGGUGACUUCUGUUUGUGUGGAUGGCUACAAUCUAGUUGGUGCAAAAAAAUUGAAUUGCAGUAAGAACGGAAGGUGGGAACCCUCGAAGCCCAACUGUGUCGGGCCUCAAUGUAGGGCUUUCAAAGUUCCAGCCAAUGGAAAUAUCACAGUUUUCGCCGAAAUGUUCCAUGAUGUAUACGAAGAGGAGAAAACUUUAUUCGACGUUGGUACACAAAUCGAAGUGAUCUGUAGAGAAGGUACAACAUUGAUUGGAGAAUCCGUAAUAACAUGUCAAGAGAGUGGUGUUUGGGAUAAUGAUCCACCAAUCUGCGAAAGUCCUUUUACCACAACCCCUAAACCACAAAGAUGCACCGUGGAUCAGUUGCAAUCAGCACCUGAAAACGGGCAUAUAGUUCAGGAGUCUAUAGAAGCCUAUCAGGAGGAGCAGUCCAAUUUUGUUGAAUAUAACUGUAAUAUUGGAUAUGAAUCUGAUGGCCUCAAUAAUUCUAUCUGCACUGAUGGUAUCUGGUCUGAUGUUAACAUAACAUGUACCAGAAUUUCUUGUGGAUAUCCCGGUGAUUUAGUAAAUGGCUACCUAGUGGGAGAGAGCUAUAAAUUCGGUGAUGAUAUAGGUUUUGAAUGUAACUCAGGGUACUCCUUGAAGGGACCUGGGUCCAUAUCAUGUGAAGAAGACGGAAAAUGGAAUGGACUACUUCCUGUCUGUAUCAGGAUCAGUUGCCAACCACCUUCCCUUAUUGAACACGGUUACGUCCAGGAGAAAAGCUAUUUCUUCGGGGAUGAAUUGAACAUCACCUGUGACAAAGGAUUCGUACUCGUUGGCUCUCAAACUGUGAAAUGCGGGAACGAAGGUCUUUGGAGUUCUAAUUCCUCCAAAUGUGAAAGAAUUUCAUGUGGAUCCCCAGGAAAUAUAGAAAAUGGCUUGAGUUUUGGCAGAAGUUACAAAUAUGAGGAUUUCGUUACUUUUGAAUGCAACCCAGGUUAUAAUCUAGAAGGUAGCAGUACCAUCAGAUGUGAUGACAAGGGAAUCUGGUCUCCAUCCAAGCCAAAGUGUGAAAGGAUAUAUUGUGGAGAUCCUGGAGAAAUCGAUAACGGUAUUGCGAUUGGAAAAAAUUUCUAUUACGAAGAUCGAAUAAGGUUUCAAUGCUUGGAAGGCUAUAGUAUGGAUGGAAGCGAACAAAUAGUUUGUAACAAAAAUGGAAUAUGGGAACCGUCCAAACCGAAAUGCACUGGUAUACCAUGUAAAAAUGUCAUAACAAUAGAUAAUGGAAUUCUGAUUGAUCAAAGGGAGAGUUAUAAAUAUGGCGAUGUUAUAUAUUUCAAAUGCGAAGAUGGAUAUAUUAUGCAAGGUCACAAUGAAAGUAUUUGCAAUAAAUUUGGGGAAUGGACGUCAAUUCCAACAUGCUCAGUUAUUCCAACAACGGCUGCUACUACGACGACAACAGAGGUAAAAAUUUGCGGAAAUCCAAUCAAACCAAGCAAUAUGGUGGUAAUUGAAGAGCAGGAUAGCAAUGACAAAUUUGUAGCAGGCACUUCAGUGCAUUUUGAUUGCACUUCGGGGUACAAAAUGGUGGGAGAAAACAUGAUGCUGUGCCUUGAAGAUGGCACUUGGAGUAAUUUACAAGGAGAAUGCGUCAGAAUAUCCUGUGGAUCACCAGGAAUCCUGCAGAAUGGUUUAGUUUAUGGCAACAGCUAUUAUUUCGAAGACAAAGUCGUCUACGAAUGUAACCAAGGUUUCGAUUUAGUCGGUUCAACUUACUCAUCUUGUGCAAGUAAUUCAUCUUGGAUACCCUCCAAGCCAAGCUGUAUUGCUAUAUCGACUACAACUAAAGCCACAACCACACCGAAAUCAUCAGUAAUAACAUGUAGAGACCCAAAAAUUCCUGUCAACAUGGUGAAAACAGGAAAUCACGUCAUCUCCAGUUAUUCCCCUGGAAUGUCUGUUAGUUUCGGUUGUGUAGAAGGAUAUAAAAUGUUAGGGAAUAACAUAAUUCGGUGCACAAGAUCUGGAAGAUGGACGCGAUUGCAAGGAAAAUGUAGAAGAAUAUCCUGCAGACAGCCCGAAGUAUCAAAACGAACCAAAAUAAUAGGAGAAUCUUAUCUAUACGAAGAUAUUGUUACCAUUGUCUGCAGCAAUGGUGCAAAAUACGAGCUCAAAUGUACGAAGGAGGGUGUUUGGGAAGGUCCAAGGGAUGAUUCAUGCUGAUGGAAAUCAAUA